AUGCCUGACCUCCUGAGCCUCCAGAAUGCUCCUCAACAGGCGUUGAUGUGCGGCGACCGUGUCAAUGAGUUUGUGAAGCGUGCUAGAGCUGCAAAGAUCCAUGUUUACAUAAUUGGCCAACUGAAGAAGGUGAUGCCUGCAAUGAUGGGGAAAGCCAAGGCUCAACAACGACUCAUUGACAACUUACAAGAUGAGUUUGCAAAGGUCCAGAGGGAGUACCACCUUCCGGCGGGCGACUUCCCCGAUGUGGAGCACUUCAAGCAGGUGCUGACCGGAUACAACAUCGACAAGUUUGACAAGAUCAAGCCCAAGAUGGUGCAGGACGUGGACGACAUGCUUGCGCACGACAUCCCGAACCUCCUCAAGAACUUCAGCAACCCUUACCAGUGAACUUGUUGCUGACCUCUCGUUAGUCGCAACUUGUUCCUUAAGUGUGGUUCGUCUACCAUGACUCAUGAUGGAAGUAGGCAAGCGUGAGAAAGCCAUGCCCUUGUGUGGCAAAAGUGCUAAACGUGUAACACAAUGUUCAGAGAUGUAUUAGCUCUUUCGUUUUGUCUUCAGUGUUGUACUGUCGUAUCCUAUGCACCUUUGA